GGAUCCGCUCCACAUUCUUGGGCCGUGAUGUCAUCACAGGCAGAGCGGGGGCUGGGGACUUUGGGGCAAGGGGACCCACAGUCUGCGGGCUGGGUGGCCGCCCCCAACCUCCAGCCCCAGCCCCUGGCCCUCCUCUACCUGGGGCCCACCUCCUCCAGGGAGCCCUCCACCCCUGCCCUGAGGGAGCCCCACCUCCUCCCCUUCUGCCCCGAGGAGGCAUCCUUCUGCUCUGGGGGUCGCCACUUCUGUGCUGAGGACAGGCGUCUGUCCCGCCCAUAAGAGCCUGCGCGGUGCCCCUGGUGACGGGACCGUGGUGCCGGGGACCACAGUGAUGGGGACCGCUGCGGAGCCCGGCGACCCCACGCCCAUUCCCACCCUCACGCCCGCCCCUGAGGACGAUGACUACUGGUACCUGGACGGACCGCAGGGCCCAGAGCUUCCCACGGAGCUGCCCCCCUGCCUCCCCAGCCUGCCUCCCAGCCUCGCCCACAUCUGCCUGGCUGUGCUCUCCGUCCUGGUGCUGCUGCUUCUGAUCCCCCUGGGGAGGUGCCCCCUACUCUGGUCCCACUGCGGACGAAGCCGAUUCAGGCUGCCCAGCCCCCUGGACUUCCCCGCCCCCCGCGGGUCCCGGGCCGCACCCGCCGCCCUGCUCACAGUGCUGUCCAGCGCGCUGUGCCUGCUGCUCUCGGAAAACACCUCCGUCCCCACGCUGGGGUCAGCGCCCGGCCCAGGUGCCCGGAGGCUGCUGGGGCUGCUGUACUGCCCGGCCCUCUACUACCCGCUGGCCGCCUGCUGCACUGCCCGCCACCCUGCUGCCCACCUGCUCGGGGCUCUGCUGGCCUGGGUGCAUCUGGUGCUGCAGCUGUGGCCGCGGGCAGAGUGUCCCCAGACAUCCCAGGUGCAGCAGUUCUACUCCCUGCUGGCCACACUGCCCCUCCUGCUGGGGCUGGGCUUCCUGGGCCUCUGGCACCCUGUGCAGUUGGCAAGGCACUUCCGCCGACAUCCCGAGCUGGGCGCCCAGGACCUGUGGAGCCGCGGCUCUGAGCAGUACCUGAGGGGCGUCCUCUACAAGCACAAGCGGAAUAGCGCCCCCCACCCCCAGAGCGGCUUCCUGUCCCGGGUCAGGAGCUGCUGCCGGCGCCUGUACCACCCACAGCCAGGGUUCCAACUCCCCCUGAUGCUGGUGUUGUCUGCGGCCUUGACAGGGACGGUCACCUACCAGGUGGCGCUGCUGCUGCUUGUGGCUGUGGUCCCCACGCUGAGGCGUGUGCGUGAGGGCCUGACCACUGAGGUGUCCUACCUGCUGGCCGGCUUCGGCCUGGUGCUGUCUGACGACCGACAGGAGGUGGUGCAGCUGGUGAAGCGGCAGCUCUGGGUGCUGGAAGUCUGCUAUGUCACCGCCUUGGUCCUGUCCUGCUGCCUCACCCUGCUGGCACUGACCCACUCGCUGGGGACACACAGGACCAACCUGCAGGCCCUGUACCGCGGCGCUGCCCUGGGACCCCUGACGCCCAGCCGCCGGCCCUCCCUGCAGACCGUGUGCUGCUGGAUGGCCUUUGCAGCUUACCAGACGGCCUUCACCUGCCUGGGGCUGCUGUCCCAGCAGGUGAUCCUCUUUCUGGGGGCCACGGUGCUGGCCUUCCUGAUCUUCCCACCCCUCCCCGGCGGCCAGAGCCCCCUGCUGCAUGGUCUACAGACCUCCUGGCCCUUCUGGCUGACCGUGGCCUUGGCUGUGGCCCUGCAGAGCGUGGCUGCCCGCUGGGUGUUCCUGGACACCCGCCUAGGAUACCCUGUGCUGACCAACCGGCGGGCACUGACAGCUGUCACCUUCCUGCUCUUCCCGGCCAAUGUGCUGGUGGGCGCCCUGGUGGCUGGCUGCCGCCUGCUGCUCUCGGGACUCUACUCGGCCCUGAUGCUGGGCCAGGCACAGCUCAGCCUGCUGCCCGCCCCAGCCACCGCGCUGGACCCUGGCUACCACACCUACCUCAACUUCCUGAGGAUGGAAGUCAGCCAGUCCCACCCAGCCGCCACGGCCUUCUGCGCCCUGCUCCUGCAAGGCCCGCGGCCCCACACGGCCCCCCAGGACCGCCCCAGCCCGGGCUGGGAGGAAGAAGGGGUGCAGCUGCUGAGGACCAAGGAGCUGGGGGCCCUGAAGUGGGGGCGCAGGGCCGGGCGGGGGCGGGGGCGCUGGGCCCUGGCCUACACGCUGCUGCACAACCCCGGCCUCCAGGCCUUCCGGAAGGCCCGCGGCCCCCAGCCUUGAUGCUCCCCGUCCCCUGCCCUGGCUGCCAUCUGCAGAGUCGGCCACUGCUCUGCACGAACCCCCCACCCCACCACGCGGUGGACGACUGACAGACAGACAGAUGGACACAGCCACCACCCCUCCUGGGCUGGGGCUGGGGGGUAGCUCAGCCUCCCGCCACACCCCUGUGUCCACAGUCUGUGACCCCGUGAAGGGGCAGGGAGCCCCAAUAAAGUCCUGAGAACCAG